CCUAGAAUCAGUUCCGGUUCCGUGUACAGUAGUUAAUAGCGGAAGUCCCCCCCAGAAAGAAGCCAAAUUUAGUCCUUUCGGGACGAUCCCGGAUAAUAUCAAAUUGAAAGACAUGUGAUUCUGAGUAACCUAGGUCUCCGCAGUAUUUCAGCGGUUGUUCGUCCACAGCAUUAUAUGUACAUACACACAAGAGAACAUCCGUCAUGGCUUCGAACGAGAAGGGUACCAUCAUCGACGAGUAUCCUGUCCCUUCCUACAGCCAAGUAGCGUGUGUUGGUACGGGCCUUAGUGCCAUUGCACUUGGAGCGACGUUGAAGAGAUGGUACGAUAAUGAUGAUAUUCGCUUUUUCGAGCGCCAGUCCGACUGCGGCGGAACUUGGUUCAUCAAUUCUUAUCCCGGAUGCGCUUGCGAUGUUCCAAGUGCUCUAUACAGCUUCUCAUUCGCUUUGAAUCCCAACUGGACCAAAUUGAUGCCAUCCAAUAAAGAGAUAAAAGAAUACCAUGAUGGCGUGGUGAAACAAUACGGCUUGCGCGAGAAGAUGGUUUUCCAUACCGAAGUGCGUAAGUGUGUUUGGCGAGAUGAUGCGAACUGUUGGCUGCUCUUCUUGAUCGACCUUGAGACUGGAAACUUGUAUACGCAUGAAUGCCAAAUCCUAUUCGCGGCAACGGGCCAAUUGAUUGAACCUCGACCCUGCGAUUUUCCAGGCGCAUCGGCUUUCAAGGGGACCAUCUUCCAUUCUGCAAGAUGGGACCACAGCGUCAAUCUAGAAGGAAAGAACGUUGUCGUUGUUGGUAAUGGAUGUACUGCAACUCAGAUUGUACCUUCGAUCGUGAAGAAGACAAAAUCAUUGACUCAAAUAGUCCGAAGCAAGCAUUGGGUUUUCCCCGCUCACAACUUCCAUUACCCGAAGAUAGUGUCUUGGAUUCUUCGCCAUGUGCCCUUUGCUAUGAGGCUCCAUCGUUUCCAUGUGUUCCUCGUAGCUGAGAACGGUUGGCGCCUUUUCCCAAUGACAAAAUCGGCUGCGAGGUUUCGAGAGAAAACGCAACGGACGAUAGAGAACUACACGAGGAAAACUGCUCCAGAGAAAUACCAUGACAUUCUUAUCCCGGACUUUGAUGUCGGCUGCAAGCGUCGCAUAUUCGAUUGCGGGUAUCUCAAAUCUCUGCAUGACGAUAACUUGCUCUUGACGGACGCCAGAAUUACGGAAAUCAUACCCGAGGGUGUGAAGACUACAGACGGUAUUAUACCAGCCGAUGUGAUUGUAUUAGCGACUGGGUUCCAAACCAACAAAUUUACUUCUUACAUGGCCGUUCACGGACGAGAGGGCACCAUCGAAGAUCAUUGGGCACGAUACGAUGGCCCCGAAGCCUACAAUUGCUCGACUUUGAGUGGAUUUCCGAAUUUCUUUAUACUACUAGGCCCGAACUCCGCAACAGGACACACUUCCGCACUGAUAGCGGCCGAAAAUUCUGUAAAUUAUGCCCUCCGCAUAAUGGAACCUGUCCUGAAUGGAAAUGCCGCAGCGGCCGAGGUCAAACAGGAGGCGGAAGAUGCCUACGCUCAUGAAGUUCAAUCGGCUCUGCAGAACCGCGUCUGGAACGCUGGCUGCUCUUCUUGGUAUAUCAACGAGAAGAAGUGGAACUCCAUGUCCUAUCCGUGGACUCAGGCACAUUACUGGUAUCGCAGCUUGUUCCCAGUGUGGUCUGAUUGGAAAAUCAAACGCACCCGUAGAAGCUCAGGGAUCAGGACCAGCCAUUACUUAUUACUCUUACUCGUCGUCAGCGGCACCUGGGUAUCCCUACUUGAGCGGCAUCCCAGUCUGAAGGAUUCGUUGUCGGGGAAAGGACUUAUAGACGCGGCCAGAGCGGUGAUAGGAUACUUUAAAAGGACUGUCUCAUGGCUCUCUUGAACAACAGUAGUUGACAAGUUGGAUUUCUCAUUGCUAUUACGGCUUGAAGGAGGUUUCGCGCAAAAUAUUUUGGAAUUGGAAUCUACAGUGAAAAUCUGGAACUUUAAACUCUUAUCCUGCAACUUCAUAGUAUGG